CUUCCUGUCCGCCGCAGAAUGUGUGUUCAUACUUCCUGGUGACGUGUUUCCGGUGUCUACAGCAAUGGCGUUGGAAACCGUACCGAAAGAUUUGAGGCACCUGAGAGCAUGUUUACUGUGUUCGCUGGUGAAGACCAUUGACCAGUUUGAAUACGAUGGCUGUGACAACUGUGAUGCCUACCUACAGAUGAAAGGCAAUAGGGAGAUGGUAUACGAUUGUACAAGCUCCUCAUUUGAUGGGAUUGUUGCUAUGAUGAGCCCUGAUGACAGCUGGGUGUCCAAGUGGCAGCGAAUAACUAACUUCAAACCUGGGGUGUAUGCAGUAUCUGUCACAGGACGACUACCACAAGGUAUUGUACGUGAGCUGAAGAGCCGAGGCGUGGUUUACAAAUCCAGAGACACGGCCAUCAAGACGUGACAGCAAAAGAAGGGCUGGAGCAGAGAUUGGGUUGAUGUCGGUCUUCUCUUCCGUUGGUUUUGUUUUCCUGUUAUGUUACUGAAACUGUGGUUUCCCUGCAGUUGGGGGAGGGUUGUGCCACUGAGUGCACCACAUCUACAGGCACAUCAC